AUGAAUCCUGUGGAUCCGUCUCAUUUGGAACCAUUCGUUCUCCGUGAAAGCCCAAGAGUGACUAUUACGCGAGAUGAUGUGCUUGUUCAACUCGAAUUCACAGAAGAACAUCGAACGAUUCAGAUCAUUCACAGAGACUUAAUCCGCAUGAUUCCAGGAAUCAAAAAUAUUGUUCAAGAUCUUAAACCAGAUUGGGAGACUGACUUCGCUAUUUUCAAUUUUCCCGUAACUGGAAUGGAUCUCAAUGCAACAGUAUUCGUGCUCACACAUGUGGAUAAGAAUUGGUCUCUGCGUAGCAGACGUCGUCGUCGUCCAAGGCAAAGUGAUUUUCCAAUUCUCAACGCCCAAAGUCUCACGCAAUUGGCAGCAAUCAGAAAUGUCGCGGUUCGUCUCGAACUCCGAGAGUUUCUCGACUGCACUGAUUUCAUCAUUUCUCGAAAACGAGAUGAACAACGAAUCCGCCGCGAACGUACGCAAUAA